AUGAAAAUAACCUCGAAGGGAAUCUUCCGGAAGGUUAUCCCCUCGAGAGAAAUAACCUGGAAGGGAAUCACCCUGAGGGAAAUCACUUCGAAGGAAAUGAACUCAAGGAGAAUUACCUUGAGGGGAAUCACCCGGCAGGUUAUCAUCUCGAAGCGAAUCUCUCGGAAGGUUAUCAACCGGAAGGUUGAUCCCGUCAAGAAGCAAUCCGGCGAACUGUUUCCGUUGGAGCAGGAGAUAAUAACUCCACUGCACAAUCGUGCCGUUGCCGAGCUGGAUGAGCAGCUGCCCAGCUCACAGCACGCUGGGGAAUCCUCCGAGGACAGUCUGCCCAACACUGGCGCCAAGCUGCGUGUGCGUCUCAGUCUGCAGCAAACGCAUAAGCUAAUUGAACUCUAUCAAGCAUAUCCGAAUCUCUGGGAUCCCAAUCAUCUGGAUUAUCAUGCGCGCAAACAGCGUCGUCAGGCCUGGCACAAUAUUGCCGCCGAAUUGAAUGAUUACUCCAACGGCGGGCAACGUUACAGCUGGCAAAUGUUGCACCGCAAACUCACGGAUUACACCAAGUAUUAUCGAAGGGAGCGGCAGCGGGAGGCGCUGGCCGAGGAGGGCGAAGGUGAAGGUACACGCUGGAGUUUCUACGAAGCGUUUAGCUUUCUGGACGAUGUGCUGCCCAUCAGUUGUGUGCUCCAGAAAACGUUGCAGCAACGCGAUAGCAAUUUGAAGAUUAUCCAAGUCUAUCAGAGCUAUGAGCAAUUGUGGUGCACCAAUCAUCCGGAUUACACGAAGCGUAAGCAGCGACAACGACAACUGGAAUCGCUGUGCACACGGCUGCAGGAGGAGUGCAAUCUGCAGAUAACCGUAGAGCGUCUCAAGAAUCGCCUAAUCGAGUUCCGUUGUCAGUAUCGGCAGUGCAAGGAGGCGCGACAGGCGGCUCUUAAACGUGGCGAGCAUUGGCAAUCCAAUUACGAGUAUUAUCAGCAAUUGCAAUUUCUGGAGCUGCAUGUUUCACCCUUUGGCUGCAACUUUUGUCCGACGAGUUUUAAGCGACGCACGGACUUUUUACGUCACCAGCGUAAUGUGCAUUUGGAGGAACUGGAACAAUUGGAUGAGGUGCAGGGACAUUUACGUAAAAGACGCGGACGCGCCAGCUCCACGACAGCUGUUAAUCCUCUGGAGCAUAUUUGUCACAUUUGCGCCAUGAAAUUCUCACUGCGCACCAGUUUAUUGGCCCAUCUGCGGCGUCAUCUUGGCCAGCGGACACACGCCUGCAAUGAGUGUCCCAAGAAGUUCUUCAAUUCAACGGCGCUGCGUGUCCAUCAGCGUAGUCACACCAAGGAGCUGCCGUAUGUCUGUGAGCAUUGUGCACGGGGAUUUGUGAAUGCCAGUAAACUCAAUCAGCAUGUGAAGCGGCAUGCAGAGAAACGGGAUUAUCCUUGUAGUCGCUGCGACAAGGCGUUCUACACGGCCCACGAGCGGGAUCGUCAUACACGUGCCCAUCUCAACAUCCGGGACAAGGUUUGUCCGUAUUGCGCCCGUGCCUUUGUCGUCGGCAGCGCGUAUUAUGCUCAUCUUAAUCUGCAUCGCGGCGAGAAGCGUUACAGCUGCUCCAAUUGUGGACAACGAUUCGCCCAAUAUGCUGGACUCUACAAGCAUCGCAAGCGUUGCACCGUCAACGCGUUGAACGAGAAGUGA